GGCUUUGCCUUUUCUGGUAGUUGUAGUCACUGCAAAGACAAACAGAAAUUCUUUUUGCGCUGCAGAAGGACUGAGAUAUAAACCAGACUGUGGGAGCUGAUAUAUGACAGGAGAGGAGUCUCUGUUGUCCGUGGACUAAACUUUCGCUAUUGCUAAGUGAAAAAGCGAGGAGAACCUUUUGGCCACCAUGGAUGACGACUUUGACCGCCGCAUGGAGCUGAGGAGGCAAAGGAGAGAGCAGAUGCGCCUUGAAGCCGAAAAGACAGGUAACAACAAUGAUGAUGAUGAGGAAGAGGCUCGGGAGCGAAGGAGACGCGCAAGGGAGGAGAGAAAGAAGAUGAAAGACUCAGAGGAAUCUGGUCUGACUGAGGUGAUCGACACUAACAGCGUGACAGAGACGGAGUCCUCCACGGCUGUAAACGAAGGGGCAGAUGAUGACCAAGCUUUGCUGGAGCGCCUCGCCAGAAGGGAGGAACGCAGGCAAAAGAGGAUGAAGGAGGCCAUGGAGAGACAGAAGGAGCUUGAUCCCACAAUUGGCACCACCAAUGGCACAGACGUCACAUUGGAAGAGCAGACUUCCAUCAGCAUCAGCAGGCAUGAAAAUACAGAGGAGGAGGAGGAGAAGAAGAAGGAGGAGGAAUCUGCCCAGGAGGAGGUGACAAGUACUGAUACUAACUCUUGGAUGAAAGAAGAAGAAGACACAAAGGAGGACGAGAAGGAAUCUGUUGAAGAAUCAAGAACACAAACAACCGGAAAUGAUGAAGAGACUGAGGAGAAGGCUGCAGCAACAGAGGUGGACACUGAGGAGCCAGGUUUAGAAAAGAAAGAUGCUGAAGAUGAGCCUGCACCUGGUGUUGACAAUGAAGAAGAAGAAGAAAAGAAGAGGCAAGAAGAAGAAGAAAGGCAUCAAAAAGAAAUGGAAGAAAAGCAGAGGAAGAAGAAGAAAGAGGAGGAGGAGAAGCCGAAGAGAUUUGGGUUUAAGGAGAAGAUUGAGCCAACCAAACAGAAUGGAGCUGUCAUUGAAAGUAAAUUAAAGAAAACAGAAAAGACAUCAAGGGACAAUCCGCCCUCCACUAAAGCAGAAGACCUGGAGCGACAGGAGGCUGAGCGAAAACUGCAAGAGCUGAAGCGCCGACGAAACAAUGCGGAAAGUGAGGAGUUUGAGAAGAUGAAGCAGAAGCAGCAGGGUGCCGAGGCAGAGCUGGAGGAGCUGAAGAGGAAGAGAGAGGAGAGGAAGAAGAUCCUGGAGGAAGAGGAGAGGCAAAGGAAACAGGCGCUAGAGGAAAAGAAAGCCAAAGAGCAGGAGGAGAGAAAGAGGAUGAAGGAGGAAAUAGAGAAAAGGAGGGUGGAGGCUGCAGAGAAGAAGAAACAGAUGGAGGAGGGGUCUACAAAGCCCACCUUUACUAUCAGUCCCAAAGGCUCCUCUAAGAUUGGGGAGAAGGCAGAAUUCCUCAGUAAAUCAGCCCAGAAAAGCACCACAGCCAGAGUGUCACACACUCCUAUUGUCUCCAAGAUUGGCAACAGAAUGGAACAAUACACUUCUGCCAUCCAGGGAAACAAAGAUGUAAAAUCUCCCAAGUCUCCAGUGGCAGAUAUUCCUACGGGGGGAACACGUAGCAUCAAAAGUAUGUGGGAGAAAGGCAACGUGGGCAGCACCUCUGAAAGUUCCUCUCCUGCAAACAAGGAUGUGGCCGGUAUCAAAGGAAGUGUGACCGGACGUGUCAACAGUUGGACGGGAAAGCCGGCAGAAGGCGAGAAGACAGUAGCGCCAGCACCUGCAGCAGCAGCACCGGCACCAGCGCCAUCAGCAGCUGCAAAGCCAGCACCAGCAGCGGUAGCAAAGCCCGCAGAUGUGAAACCAGCUGAUGUGGGCAACAAGCGUGGCAUGUGGGAAGCAAAGAAGGGCUCUACGCCUGGAAAGGUGGCUGUGGGAGGCAAGUUUUCUCGUUAACGGAGUGAGACCCUAACCACUGACAUCCCAGUUACACCUUUUCGAACUCACACUUCUGCUGCUCUACGUUCACACCUGUUCCCCUUCAGCACGCCCGUAUUUUGCAUGAGGUUCACAUCACAAUGAGGGAAAAGGGAAUGACAUAAUGGGAUUCCUGUGUCAAAGUCUUCCAGCUCUAGCUUUACAGUAUCAGUACUUUUGCACUGCCACCUAUUUUGACUUAGCCAUGCUUCAAGAGUUUCAUCAAAAAUGAAAAGAUGAUGGCUUGACUUGAUAUGUGACUAUAAGAAAAUUAAAAGAAUAUUACACUUUCUAACUGUUUUUACAUGGUUAAUACUCAGUAGUAAACUAAAACUGUCGAUUAGCUGUUGCUGUCACUAUUUUUCAUUCAAGCAUUCUGCAAGUCGGUUAUUUUGCUUUCAGCUCUCAUUAGCAGGUCUAUAAUUCAUAUGGUGCAUUUGGGCUUUGACAUUAUGUCAUAUAGCUUAUACCCAGUAAUUAGUAUUCUUGCUUUAUAGUGAUACAUGCACACUGCUUUUUGUGAUGAAAGUCAUGGUUUUGAUUCCAUAGAUAGUAUACUGUACUCCACAGCUGGAUAUUGGAUGAAAAGCUUGUAUAUAAUUUACUUGUUUUGUAGGUUUUAGUUUCUACUAAGGCAUCCAUCAUAAAGGGUUUCUGACGUAUUUAAUAAGGCCUUUGCAUGUACUUAAUAUAGAUCAGUUAGACGUAAUUAACGAGUCUGUGGUUGUGAAGCAAUAAAGAAAUCUCUUUGGCUAAUGUUUACAAUUUUGAUAAAAGUUUUUAAUAUUUUUUUUAACAAUAAUAAGUUGUGCACAAACACUCAUAAAUAAACCAUUAAAUGAAUGACUUUGAUGUUCGCAAAGGAUGGCAAAACUAUCCGAGUGAUUCAGCUCUUCAAGAGAGAAAUAUAUCAACAUCUAUGUAGGGGUGGGGAACGCCAGGCCUCAAGGGCCAGUGUCCUACAGGUUUUAGAGCUCACCCUGGGUCAACACACCUGAAUCAAACGAUUAGUUC